CGGAAGUCCUGACGGGAAGGUCUUUUUGUUUGGGGCUCUCUCACAGUCGCUACACUCCGUUCGACUCCUCUGGUUCAUAACCGUUUUUUAUCUGCAUUCAUUUCAGUGUCUUUUAUGAAUAAUCAAAAGCAGCAAAAGCCAACGCUAACAGGCCAGCGUUUCAAGACUAGGAAGAGAGAUGAAAAGGAGAGGUUUGACCCUACUCAGUUUCAAGAAAGUAUCGUACAAGGCUUGAAUCAAACUGGCACUGACUUGGAGGCGGUUGCAAAGUUCCUUGAUGCCUCUGGCGCCAAGCUUGACUACCGCCGUUAUGCAGAGACACUCUUUGACAUUCUGGUGGCCGGUGGAAUGCUGGCCCCAGGUGGCACUCUGUCUGACGACAUGACCCGCACAGAGUUUUGCCUCUUUACGGCACAAGAAGACCUGGAGACAAUGCAAGCAUAUGCUCAGGUUUUUAACAAGCUGAUCAGGCGUUACAAGUACCUGGAGAAGGGUUUUGAGGAAGAGAUCAAGAAGUUGCUGCUGUUUCUAAAAGGGUUCACUGAGUCUGAGCGCAACAAGCUAGCCAUGCUGACUGGCAUCCUGCUGGCCAACGGCAACAUAUCAGCCUCCAUCCUCAGCAGCCUCUUCAACGAGAACCUUGUCAAAGAGGGAGUAUCUGCAGCCUUUGCCGUCAAGUUGUUCAAGUCUUGGAUCAAUGAGAAAGACAUCAACUCUGUAGCUGGCAGUCUCCGCAAAGUGGGCAUGGACAGCAGACUGAUGGAACUUUUUCCUGCCAACAAGCGGAGCUGCGAACAUUUUUCUAAAUACUUCACCGAUGCCGGGCUUAAGGAGCUGUCUGACUUCGCCCGCAACCAGCAAUCCAUUGGCGCCCGCAAAGAGCUGCAAAAGGAGCUCCAGGAGCAGAUGUCCCGUGGAGACCCACUCAAAGAGAUCAUUGCUUUCACCAGGGAGGAGAUGAAAAAGGCCAACCUCUCUGAGCAGGCCAUGAUUAGCAUUAUCUGGACUUGCGUGAUGAGCUCUGUGGAGUGGAACAAAAAGGAAGAGCUGGUGACCGAACAAGCCAUCAAACACUUGAAGCAAUACAGCCCUCUGCUGAAAUCCUUCACCUCCCAGGGUCUGUCCGAGCUCAGCCUGCUGCUGAAGAUCCAGGAGUACUGCUACGAUAACAUCCACUUCAUGAAGGCCUUUCAGAAGAUCGUGGUGCUCCUCUACAAAGCGGAUGUGUUGAGCGAAGAGGCCAUCCUGAAGUGGUACUCUGAAGCCCACCUCGCUAAGGGGAAAAGUGUAUUCCUCGAUCAGAUGAAAAAGUUUGUGGAGUGGUUGAAGAAUGCAGAAGAAGAGUCUGAAUCGGAUGAAGAGGAAGCGGACUGAAAACCUAAGACGCUAGAUGAGCCCCCCCCUGCAUACAUACCCCUACUAUUUUAUUUUCUUUUUUUUUUUUUAUUUUAUAAAUAAAAACCAAUAGAAAAUGUGUGGUAGAAUGUCAAUGCCCGUCUGACGCCUCUACCUCCUGGUAUAGUUCCCUCACAACCUGCACAUGUUAUUUUAGAACAUUUUUUUUAAAAGGGCUCUGUUCUCCUUUAUAACUGUUGGUGUUGUCCUCUUCGGUUUUCGCUCUUGUAGUGCCCUCUAAUUUGGACAGCAAACAUUCCAUGCGAUCUUGUGGCCUCUGCUCGCUCCAGUCUGUACUUGGGAUUCACAACAAUUUACCACAAGACUGUGAGGCCAACUGACAAAUUUUUGCUAACGUUAUUUUCUUUUUUUCAUUUCUGCCCCUUUAGUUUAAACUUGGCAUAGAUAAUUUUGGCUUGUGCUCACUCAAACUGCCUUCCUUCUCGAACCUGUCCCCGUGUGUUGUGGUCACACUGGUUACUCCGUUGAAAGACACGCCCCAUAUAUUGCCUCGCCAGCAGUCAGAUUAUUGGUUUGUACUUUCUUUAAUCUGAUGUAAACCAAUUGACUUUUUUAUGAAAUAAAGCUUAUUGAAAUGGUA